AUGGCCGAAACCCAAGAUGCUACCGUGAGCCCUGCUCCCGCCACUUUGGAGCCUCAGCCUACCCCUGUCCAGCCCACGCCUGCUCCCGUUCUCGAGAGGUCGAACUCGUCCCUGUCCACCGCAGCCACCUCGGAGGCCAACGAGGUCGUCAUCCACCAGCCCAUUCCCCAGAGGCCGCGUCUACCCAGUCGCAAGAGCAGUGGCCCGCUCGUCGUCCCCCGCGACAGUUCCGCCGUCGGCCCCAUUGAACCCCAUUUCGGUCCCGAUGAUGUCAGGGCCAUGAGCCCCAGGAGGACGAGUGAAGAUAUCGACAAGAUGGGCAAGGAGGCACGCAAGGAGCUCAGGAAACAUGCCCAAGCUCUGCAAGAGUCACUCUUGACCAUCUUCAACCGCAUCGAGGCCGUUCGCGAGGAGCACGACAAGCUCGACAGCAACAACAAGUUCCUGCAAAAGUACAUUGGUGACCUCAUGAGCACCAGCAAGAUUACUGCCCCACCCAGCAAGGGCAAGAAAUAA